AUGGCAGUGAAUUGUUGGCGCUUGCUCGAGCCGAAACUGGUGGCCAUAUACUUUGGCGACGGGAUUCAGAGUAUUCUGACAUGCACUUCAGCCGGCAAUGUGUUGGCUAAAGAUUUACGUUGGUGCGCCGAGCAAUUGAACAAAGACGUGUUGGGCCACGAUAACGCUAUGGUUAGAAAACAUAUCGGGAAGUGGGAUCAGGAGCCCCAAUGCUUCCCGUUGGGGAAUUUCGAUGGUGCAAUGAUCACAAUGGGAAGCUUUCCAAGGUUUCCAAUGUACGACAAUGAUUUCGGGUGGGGCAAAACCAUGGCGGUUCAGCGCUAG